AUGAGUUUUUAUCGAACGACCGGUAAGUCUGGUGCGACCAAAAGAUCUAGCAGUUUGAACAAAGGCAUUGCGGGCAUGGCGAUCUCAGAUUCAGAGUCAAUGAUAAGCAUCGAUACGUUUGCGAAUUCUGAGGAUAGUGCAAACUCCGACGAGGUACCAUCGACUAAAGAAGAGUUGGCAUACUUCAGACUGUCAUUAAUCGACGUGGGAGAGGGUAAUUUCAUCAAAGCUGUUCGCAUAACAAGCCACAUCUUGAUCCGAGUUACCUACUCGGUUUGGUUCACUGUGGAGUGGAACGACGGUGAAGAGUCAUGGGAGCCCGAGUCUGCACUACAGGGAUACCAACCAGAAAUGGUCUAUGCCUACUGGGGUGCACAGAAAGGGGGACGUGAUGAGGUAACCCAAUUCGAUAUGUACCACGUCUUUGCGAUCUUAGAUCACGGCAGCAUGGUCGAUAACGGCAGGAGACGCGCCAAAAAGAUUAUUUACAAGAUUCAUUGGGUUGGCUACGAUGAGAGCGAUAACAGCUGGGAGACAUCAAUGAAGGUUGCAGGUCUUGUUCCACAAAUGAAGCAAGAGUAUGAUGAGAAGCAUGGGUUGUGA